AUGACCUUAGUAGCAUUCAAGAAACUCAAUGACUUUCUCAGUCUGCAGUUUGAGAUGAAAGAUCUUGGACAUCUCAGCUACUUCUUGGGUUUUAAAAUCGCUGAUUCUAUAUAUGGACUUUAUUUUACUCAAGCCAAGUAUGCUUCUAAACUUUUGUCUCAAACUGGACUCGCUGAUAGCAAGAUUAUUAACACUCUAAUUGAACUUAAUGUGCAUUUGACUCCUUCAGGGGGGAAACCAUUGUCUAAUCCCUCUUUUUAUAGAUGCUUGGUUGGAAGCCUAGUUUAUCUCACUAUCACUCAUCCAGACAUUUCCUAUGUUGUUUACCAAGUGAGCCAGUAUCUGUCUGCUCCACGAUUGACUCACUAUACUACUGUUCUGCACAUUCUUCAAUUUCUGAAGGGCAUUCUCUUGAAGGGCAUUCUCUUCCAUGGCAUUUUCUACUCUACUCAAUCUCCUCUUGUUCUCCGUGCAUUAUCUGAUGCUGAUUGGGCAGGAGAUCCCACUGAUUGCAGCGAAGCAAGAAACAAACCCUUGUGGCCUGCUCCAGUACUGAAGUAG